GGUCGACCAACUGCCAUAUAUCAACACAUCACAUUUAUGCAGAGAUGGAAAACGGAUCUAGAUAGAAAUCGACAUUGGUGAAUUGGCAAUACAGCGCGCCAUGUGGUCCGUUAUGGAACUUGUCCACUGAGAAUAGUUCUGUGCCGUUCGAAAGAUAUGUACUCGUUUAUCAUCAUCGGUGGUGAAAAAAAAAACAGAUAAGUUUGUAUGUAGUGUGUUGCAGUCAAGCUAUAGAAAGGUAAAAUUUAAAGUGGCUUUUUGUUAACGUACAGCGCCAUCUAGAUGACACGGUGAAGCUGGAACCGCAACAUGGGAAUCUAGACCAAAUUUUUCUAUGGUUAUCAAAUCGGCAACACCGUUCACUGAAUGAUCUGUCAAAUUUGGCAAGUGAACUGACAUUAGGAUACAACUCAUUCGUGUGGUAUUUUGGACGUAUUUUGUCUGCAAAAUAUUUGUUUUACAAAUCAACUGAAUUUUGAGGAUUUGUAGUUUAAAAUGCCUCCUUCUGUAUCCACCGAAACGGUAAAACAAAACGAGGAAGAUAAGAAGAACUUAUGGUCCCAAAUACUAAAUGAAGUACAGAAACAUGGUAAACCAAAACUGUCUCCAAAUAAACAAAUUCUAGUUUUGGGUGAUAACGAAUCUGGUAAAACAACAAUGGUUGCGAAGUUGCAAGGAAUCGAAAAUUCCAGCAAAGGGUCAGGCCUAGAGUAUGCUUACAUUGAUGUAAGAGAUGACUACAGAGAUGAUCAUACUCGCUUAAGUGUAUGGGUAUUAGAUGGGGAUCCAGCUCAUGCAGAUUUACUGAAGUUUGCUCUCAAUGAAGAUACUUUCCAGGAUACCUUGGUUAUACUAACAGUGUCGAUGACAACACCAUGGGGCAUAUUGGAGCAACUGCAACACUGGGCAUCAAUCUUGGCAGACCAUCUGGAUAAACUGAACAUUAAUGUAGAUGUAAGGCAAUCAUGUAGGCAAAAGAUGAUCAAGCAAUGGUUGGAAUAUGUGGAGCCUGGGGAUGAGCUAGACCCUGCUUCACCAAUGAAGAGGAGCUCUAGGAAUUUGGGAGAUGAGGAGACAGAUUUUGAAGGGUCACCAAUGCCUGAAGGAACACUUACAAACAACUUAGGUCUUGAAAUAGUUGUGGUUGUCACAAAAACGGAUUACAUCCAGAAUCUCGAAAAAGAACAAGACUACCGUGACGAACACUUGGACUUCAUGCAGCAAUGGAUCCGCCGAUUCUGUUUACAAUAUGGCGCUGCCUUGUUCUACACCAGCGCCAAAGAAGACAAAAACUGCGAUUUACUCUACAAAUAUCUCACGCAUCGCAUCUAUGGCUUCCCAUUCCACACUCCAGCACUGGUGGUGGAAAAGGAUGCUGUUUUCAUACCGGCAGGUUGGGACAACAUGAAGAAGAUCAGCAUUUUGUAUGAGAACAUGCAUUCUUGUAAGCCAGACGAUUAUUAUAGAGAUGUGAUUGUGCAACCUGUUACCAGGAAAACCGUGAAUCGUGAGACGGAGAUAAUAGCUGAAGAUGAACAGGCCUUCCUGACGAGAUUGCAGCAGAUUUCGUUUGGAGGUGGACAUCCAAAUGUUAGGUUGGGAGAGUCACCUGUUAGACCGCCUAUUGCAGGUAUUCAAAGCUCUCCGCGUAAGUUAGACGGCUCCAAGGUGGUUAGUACUCCUGGCGGCGAAGGGGUGCUAGCCAGCUUCUUCAACUCUCUACUAUAUAAAAAGACAGGUAGCCCAGGUACCUCCAUGACCAGCCCUGGAGGUCCCCUAGCCGGUAAGCCUUCCGGACCAGAAAGUCUGCCCGACAAAGCGACCAUGAGGUCAGAUGCGGCAGCCGAAUUAGACAGGCUAGCGAGAGGUGGAGCGAAGAAAGAGCCGGCGAAUACCAGUGAGAAUAAUAGUAGUGCGGUAGAUUUCAAUGCUUCGGAUUGUUAAACAUUCCACAGAUUUACAGUACGUCCGUGUAUGUUAUUAUGUAAGCCUGCACACGUUGUUUUGAUUGAUCUACAGAAAACGAUUUAAUUUUAGUCGCUCCCACUAUGCGCUUUGCUCAUGGUGAAUAUGCAGCUAUCUAAGUAUCCUAGUACCCAGUGACAUAAACGUUCCUGACAUUGAAUGGGAGCAGAUUUUCACAGUCCUUCAUGGCUCACAAGUAGAUCCUGUAGGGCGCUCCAGUAAAAUAAUGGUUACUUUUUCAAUGCCAUGUUUGGAACUUGGCCUGUGGUCGUUUCAAUGAACCCAGACUAGGUAGAAGGAGCCAGCCAAGAAUUUUGUCUCCCAAUUCUCAUAGUCUGUAGUGAUAAUCAAAGUGCACUUGACAUGAGUCAGUUUUUGGCAGUUCUGUCAUUAAAUUCGUAUAUUUAACGUUAUUUCUUAAAAAUGCAAGAGUUUGAUGAUAAUUGUGGUGUUGGACGAUUUCAAGACACGGUACUUCUUACAUAAUUUGCAAAGACGGGUACAAGCCGAUUGAAGGUAGAUCUUUCCAGCAGUAUUAUUAUUGUGUUGAUACAAUGCAGUCACUUUGGUAGUCAAAUGAAUCAAAGUAUGUACUAAAACUACGCAAUGCUGGGGUCAAACAACGCAAACGAAUAGGCUUGGCUCCUUCUAACCUAUUCGAAUUCGUUGGGUCGUCUUGCCUGCUAUAUUUGCAUAUUACCUGUGUAGAUCAUGACUUCUUUGUGCAAGCUCACCUGCUAACACGGCAGAGUUACUCGAAAUCAUAGUGUUGUGUCAGAGCAACAACAGCUUAGGGUUAUGAAACAAACUUAAGUGUUUAUAUAACUAUUUAUUGGCUAUUGUUUAUCAGAAGAAAUCUGUACUAAUUUCAUAUAGACAUAUGGUAUAAGUUUUUACUCAUUGCAGCAUAAAGCACGUUUCGAUUGAGAUGUUUGUAAUCCCUUAUAUGCUACCGCCUAAUCAGUUAUUUUACUUGCACUUUUGUUACAAAACUGUUUGAUCAGUAUUUGAACCUGAAUACUAAUUUCAGCAAGUUUAUAGAGUAAUACGCAUAAUUUCAUAUUUGAACUAGUUGCUGAGUAAUUAAAUAAGUUUGGCUGAUAUAAAUAGUAUUGUGUUAUAUUUGCUUCAGAGAUCUUUGUUAUUGAAAACAUAUAUUUAUUUUGUACUAUACAACGCUUCUUGAUAUUAAAAUAUUUAUUCAGUCCUAGCAGUUAUUUGGUAAGUCCCAUUGCCACUGCAAUUAUUUAUUAGAAUCUUUCUUUGAAAUAGAAUAUAGUCUAACCAUAUUAGCAAAUUUCCCCGCCGAAAUAACUCAAUUAGAACUUCUCAAAAACUACUUGGCCAAUCUGGUCCAAUUUUGUUGUUAUUUAGAAGUACGAAUCCUACGAAUUUCAAGUAUCUGCGAGCAACCAUCGUUGCAUUACCAAGUGCCAAGAGCUGCAGUUUGCCUCGGUUUUCGGUCAUAACUUUUUUGCUAUUAGUCGCAUCUUUUUACGUGUGGUCUCCUUUUGUAGGUAUCAUGAAUAAAAAUC